AAAUGACGUCUGUAUUAACGCGCCGGAAGUGUAUUUGCAGAGUGCGACAAAGUGGGGAACGCCGGUGGGCCUGUUGCGGAGUACGCUUUGGAGUGAGAAGCUUCGCGGCUGUAGCACGCAGCUGUUGCCAUGACGGCCCAGGGGGGUCUGGUGGCUAACCGAGGCCGGCGCUUCAAGUGGGCCAUUGAGCUAAGCGGGCCUGGAGGAGGCAGCCGGGGUCGAAGUGACCGGGGCAGUGGCCAGGGAGACUCUCUCUACCCAGUCGGUUACUUGGACAAGCAAGUGCCUGAUACCAGCGUGCAAGAGACAGAUCGGAUCCUGGUGGAGAAGCGCUGCUGGGACAUCGCCUUGGGUCCCCUCAAACAGAUUCCCAUGAACCUCUUCAUCAUGUACAUGGCAGGCAAUACUAUCUCCAUCUUCCCUACUAUGAUGGUGUGUAUGAUGGCCUGGCGACCCAUUCAGGCACUUAUGGCCAUUUCAGCCAAGAAUGGAGUUCAGUGGUGGAGGACUGCUUUUGUGAACAUGAGAAAGCAGCGCCUGGUCCCUAUGUAUUUGGGUCUUAUUUACAUCGUUCUUUAAGCCCUCAGCAUACUCUUUUUUUUUUUUUUUUUUUUUUUGAGGCGGAGUCUCGUUCUGUGGCCCAGGCUGGAGUGCAGUGGCCGGAUCUCAGCUCACUGCAAGCUCCGCCUCCUGGGUUUACGCCAUUCUCCUGCCUCAGCCUCCCGAGUAGCUGGGACUACAGGUGCCGGCCACCUCACCCGGCUAGUUUUUGUAUUUUUAGUAGAGACGGGGUUUCACCGUGUUAGCCAGGAUGGUCUCGAUCUCCUGACCUCGUGAUCCGCCCGUCUCGGCCUCCCAAAGUGCUGGGAUUACAGGCUUGAGCCACCGCGCCCGGCUGCAUACUCUUAAAGUAAUCACUUAUGUUAAAAAGAACCAAAAGGCUCUUUUCUUCAUGGUGGGGUGACAGGUCCUACAAGGACAAUGUGCAUAUUACUACAAACACAAAGAAACUAUACCACAACCCAUGACUGAAAAUAAUGUAGAAAACUUUAUUUAUGUUUCCAGUACAGAGCAAAACAACAAAUAAAAUCGUAACUAUGUAAACGAGAAUAAUUGCUGCUAAAUCAAAACUGUCGCAGCAUCUCCUUUCAAUAAAUUAAAUGGUUGAGAACAAUGUGUAAAAAAAAGUUGCACAAGUUCCCUUAAAUCUAUUUUCCUUAAUAUUUCACUUCUAUUUAAAACAAGCUGGGACAUAAAAAUUCUGUUGGAGACACUUGGGGAAGAUGUGAGCAACUAAUGCUGGAUUCAGCUUAUACAUGAUGAAAAAUAAACCAGACAAAAGGAGCACAUAAAUAUG